AUGACAAGAAACUCUUUUAAUAAACUAAAUAAUAAUAAACCUGCUUUAAAUACUAGAUCAAAAAGUAAAGUUAAAGAUAAUAAUACAGGUUUAAGUGCUAAAAAACCUCUUUCAUCUCAAAUUAUUAAUAAUAAUACAAAUUCAAGUUCAAAUUCUAAGAGAUUGCUUUCAUCUCAAAGUAUUAAUAAUACAAGUAAUUUAUUUAAAAAGAAUGCAAAAGAAGCUUCAUCUUUAUCUAAUUCAGAAUUACAUAAAACUAAUGAAACUUAUAAUAUUGAAUCUGAUGAUGAGGAAAAUUCUAAUAUUUCUAAUUCAGUGGUGGAUAUAAAACUCAAAAUAAAGAAUCAAUUUUUUAUUUCUGCAGAAGAAAUAAUGCUAGAAAUUAAAGAUCAAAUCUGUAUAAUUAGAGGAGGAUAUACAUCUAAAAUAAAAGAAUUAAUUUUCGAUACUUUCAAACUUGAUAAAGUUAAUGCAAAUACUAAACCUAGUGAAUUACAAAUAUGGAAAUGUUCUGAGCCAGUAAAACAAGUUUUACAUAAAUUGGAUAUUUCUAUUGAUAAUAAUGAUAUAACUUAUAUAAACUAUUUUACUCAAGAAGUGUUUAAAGAAGAAAGUCCAAGUGAUCAACAGUUAGCAUUUGUUCGAUCUGUAUGUCAUUGUCUUUUAGAUGAAACACAUGAAACAACUAAUGCUGAACAACAUUAUAUAGAGGCUAAAAUGGAAGAAUUUUUA